UCUAAUUCAUGAUCGCUAAUUUUAUGUAGUGUACUCUUUAAAUUUGAAUGUGAGUGUAUUGAUUUCUUUCAGGGCAUUUUAGCGGAUGUUUUGAAAUGUUUGGGUGACAAUAAAAAGCAUAUGAGGGAAUGCACAUUGAAUACUUUAGAUUCUUGGCUCUCUGCUGUUCAUCUUGAUAAAAUGGUUCCUUACAUUGCAACAGCUUGGACAGAUGCAAAACUUGGUGCGGAAGGGCGCAAAGAUCUUUUUGAGUGGUUGUCAAAACAACUAUCUGGGUUAACUAAAUUUCCUGAUGCUGUACAGCUACUAAAGUCAGCUUCCUCUGCUCCGACGGUAAUUCUGACUUGUCAAAAACAGUGAAAUAUUCUUUUUACUUGUUUGCAUUGCUAGAAUAUUUCCAUGCUAACAAUAAUGUGCAUAGAGAUGUAAGAAUCAUGAUGCCAGUUCCCUUUCCAU